GACAUGGAGAGCAAAAUGGAAAAGAGGGACACAUGGAUGAAGAAAAGGGAAUAUAUUCUGGCAGUAGCAGGGAAUGUUGUGGGCCUGGGCAAUGUGUGGAGAUUCCCAUACCUGUGCUAUAAGAAUGGAGGAGGUGUCUUCCUGUUUCCUUAUCUCGUCUUUGCUGUGCUGUGUGGUUUUCCACUCUUCCUGCUGGAGACUGUGAUUGGUCAGUACACACAGGAGGGUGCCAUCACCUGCUGGACUAAAAUCUGCCCACUUGCAAAGGGAAUUGGCUAUUCUAUCAACGUGAUCCAGGUGUAUGCCACCAUCUACAUCCUUAUCCUGGCCUGGGCCCUCCUCUACCUUAUCUCCUCUUUCAGAGGCACACUGCCCUGGGCUACCUGCAGCAAUCCCUGGAACACAGACAGAUGUGUGGAACUCACAUCUGCAAACAGGACUGCAUUAAACAAUGUCAACCUGACAGUAAACUGGACGUCUGGAAAUCUCACCAAGUCUUCAGUCUCUGAGUUCUGGGAGAGAGGAGUGUUGUCCAUGUCUGGAGGAAUAGACGAGGUUGGCACAGUGAAAUGGGAGCUGCUGUUGUGUCUCCUGGCCUGCUGGGUGGCCUGCUACUUCUGCAUCUGGAAAGGUGUCCGCUCAACAGGAAAGGUGGUGUAUGUCACGGCAGUGUUCCCCUAUGUAAUGUUGGCCAUCUUGCUGGUCAGGGGCUUGACACUGCCAGGGGCUUGGCAGGGUGUGGUCUAUUACCUUUAUCCAGAUCCUUCUCGUCUAGCAGACCUUCAGGUAUGGAUGGAAGCCUGCACUCAGGUCCUCUUCUCCUACGGUGUUGGAGUAGGGACACUAACCACAUUGGGCAGCUACAAUAAAUUCAAGAACAACUGUUACAGGGACAGUCUGUGGUUGUGUCUGCUGAACAGUUGCACCAGUUUCAUUGCUGGGUUUGCUGUCUUUUCUGCUCUGGGCUUUAUGGCUCAGGCUCAGGGAAUUCCCAUCAACAUGGUUGUUGAUUCAGGGCCUGGGCUGGCGUUUAUUGCAUUUCCUCAAGCUGUGGCCAUGAUGCCCCUGCCUCAGUUGUGGGCUGCCUGCUUCUUCAUCAUGCUCAUUAUGAUGGGGCUGGACACAACCUUUACAGGUUUGGAAACAAUAACAUCAUCAGUGAUUGACAUGUUCCCAGGGACGAUGCGCAGACCCUGGCGUAGAGAAAUCUUUCUCCUCCUCCUCUGCUCUGUCUGCUUCAUCUUGCAAAUCCUUCUCACCACUCAGGGAGGAGUCUAUCUGUUCCAGCUGAUUGAUUACUAUGGUGCUAAUGGAGCAUGUAUAAUCUGUGUGUCUCUGAUCCAGUGUGUAGCUGUUGGUUGGGUCUUUGGUGCUGAACGGUUGUGUGAUGCAGUUGAGGAGAUGACAGGACAGAGGCCGUUGCUUCUUUUCAAACUGUGUUGGCGUUACUUUACACCACUGAUCUGCAUGGUUGGCUUAAUCUGCUCCUUUGUGGACUAUCAGCCCCUGACAUUUGGGAACUAUGUGUAUCCAGACUGGGCCUACCAUCUGGGCUGGGCCAUUGCACUCUCCUCUAUAAUUGUUAUACCCAUCUGGGCUAUUGGCAAGAUCUGCCUCACCAAGGGCUCCCUCAGACAUCGUCUGUUGGUCCUGUGUCAUCCUAAUAGUGAACAUGUUGGUCCCAAGACAAACAAAGAAAAUAUCCUGCGGGAAACUGAAAUAAACCCAAUGUCAGCUCCUCUCCAUGAUAUGUUAUUAUGAGUCAAUAUGAGGGCUGCCAAAGAAAAAAAGCA